AUGGCUGACCCCAAAAAGCAAGAAGAAGCCAAACAAUCAGUCCUUCAAAGUGCUAAGAAAUGGGGAGAGAAUCCCGUUCCACCUGCUCUCCUUGCAACCUUAGUCUUUGCUCAACAUGCGAGACCUUUCCAACCACUUCCUAUGCUCUUCCCUCCAAUGCUCCUCUUUUCCACCUACCUCAAUCUUCAAGGCUACAAAAUUGACAGUGCGGGUACUACUGCUGCUUUGAGUGGUGCAUAUCUAGUGCUGGCAGGCAGAAGACGAGUUGGUCUCAUGAACAAGUUCGGUACCCGAGGAAUUCUCAGGGGCGCCACAAUGGGAUUGUGUUUGGCAAAUCUUGUUGGCGGUGGCCUUGCUUACGGUUUUGGAAGCCGCUCAAAGGAGGACGAUAAGAAGAACCUGUAA